UUAGUUUUCAAGCAGGGUACCGGAGGAUAACACACUGGCCAGUGUCUAUCUGUACAUCCGUUCGUUGAGAAGCGGCUUUCACCUCAAGUGGUAAAAGAGACAUUUCAGGUCUCAAUGCCACCCGGUUUCUAGCGAAGACACGCGGCUCAACUCGAGCUAAAACAAGACAAGAUGACCGGUAUCCACGUGGAGGGACUGGCGGCGAUCGCCCUCUUCUACGUUCUGAUCCUUGCGGUGGGGAUCUGGGCAGCGUGGAAGAACAAACACGCCGGGGAGGCGGAGGGCACAGACCGCAGUGAAACCAUCAUGGUUGGUGGAAGGGACAUUGGUUUAUUUGUUGGUGGUUUUACCAUGACCGCGACCUGGGUUGGUGGCGGAUACAUAAACGGAACGGCGGAGUACGUCUAUCUUCCUGGGUACGGCUUGGCUUGGGCACAAGCGCCUUUUGGAUAUGCGCUAAGUCUAGUCGUAGGAGGUCUGUUCUUCGCCAAGCCCAUGCGCUCCAGAGGUUAUGUCACCAUGCUGGACCCUUUCCAGCAGAAGUAUGGGAAGAGGAUGGGUGGUCUGCUCUUCAUACCUGCUCUAAUGGGAGAGAUCUUCUGGUCGGCGGCCAUUUUAUCUGCUCUGGGAGCCACGCUGAGUGUGAUCAUAGACAUAAACAUCAAGAUGUCUGUGGUGAUCUCUGCCUGUAUUGCGAUCUUCUACACGUUAGUCGGAGGUCUGUAUUCUGUAGCCUACACCGACGUGGUGCAACUCUUCUGUAUCUUCCUGGGACUGUGGGUCUCAGUGCCGUUCGCUCUGAACAACCCAGCGGUGUCUGACAUCAAGAUCAGUGCAGUGAAGGAGAUCUACCAAGCUCCCUGGAAGGGAAACAUCAAGAGAGAAGACACCUGGGUCUGGAUAGACAACUUCUGUCUGCUGAUGUUGGGGGGGAUUCCCUGGCAGGUAUAUUUUCAACGGGUUCUCUCUGCCUCUUCAGCUACGUACGCCCAGGUGCUCUCGUUCAUCGCCGCUGCAGGGUGCCUGGUCAUGGCCGUGCCCUCAGUAAUGAUCGGGGCUAUAGGGGCCUCCACAGACUGGAACCAGACGGCGUAUGGACCUGUACCUCCCAAGGAGAGGGACCAAGCAGACAUGAUAUUACCCAUAGUCCUCCAGUACCUCUGUCCUCCCUUCGUCUCCUUCUUCGGCCUGGGGGCGGUCUCUGCUGCCGUGAUGUCAUCCGCCGACUCCUCCAUCCUAUCAGCUAGCUCCAUGUUCGCUCGGAACAUCUACCAGCUGGCUUUCCGCCAAUCGGCAUCGGACACCGAGAUCGUGUGGGUGAUGCGUGUCACCAUCUUUGUGUUCGGCGGCCUGGCCACGGCGAUGGCGUUGCUAACGGGGACGGUGUACGGGCUGUGGUACCUGAGCUCCGACCUGGUCUACGUUAUCAUCUUCCCUCAGCUCAUCUCCGUUCUCUUCGUCAAGGGAACCAACACGUACGGCUCCGUUGCCGCUUACGUCUUUGGUCUGAUCCUGAGGAUCGGAGGAGGGGAACCCUACCUCUCACUACCCCCCUUUAUCUACUACCCCGGCUGGCAGAUAGAGGACCGGAUCCAUCAUCUGACUGGAGAGGUGGAACACAUCGUGGUGCAGAAGUUCCCGUUUAAGACCGUCUCCAUGUUGGCCUCCUUCCUGGGCAACGUGGCUUUCUCCUACCUGGCCAAGUAUCUUUUCGAGAGCGGCAAGUUGUUGCCCAAGUAUGACUUCAUGGACGCGGUGUUGGCCCGGCACAGCAUAGAGAACAUGGACAAGACCACGUUGGUCAACCGUAACACCAUCGUGCUGUCUGAGAUGGCGGCUGUCAAACCACGGCUCAGCGUUCAACUGGCGGCUACGUUCACCCGCAGAGACACUCUGGCUGAGGAGGACUCGAGUCCAGAAGACAGCCCCAACCACGAGACCCUGGACUAAAACUCCGGAUCUUGAACCUGGAACGUAAAGAGACUAAAGAGAGGACUGAAAUGACGGCGAUUUGUUUGAUAUUUAACCACUUUGAUUUGUGGUGCUUAGAGCGUUGGACUAGUAAACGAAAGGUUGCAAGAUCGGAUCCCCCGAGCUGAUAAGGUACAAAAAAUCUGUCGUUCUGCCCCCUGAACCAGGCAGUGAACCCACUGUCCCCCGGUAGGCCGUCAUUGUAAAUAAGAAUUUGUUCUUAAGCUGAAGCCUCGUUAAAUAAAGGUUAAAAUAAGAGGACAUUAUGAAGAUGGAACAGAAUAAAUGGCACGGAGAUAAGAGGACAUUAUGAAGAUGGAACAGAAUAGAUGGCACGGAGAUAAGAGGACAUUAUGAAGAUGGAACAGAAUAGAUGGCACGGAGAUAAGAGGACAUUAUGAAGAUGGAACAGAAUAAAUGGCACGGAGAUAAGAGGACAUUAUGAAGAUGGAACAGAAUAGAUGGCACGGAGAUAAGAGGACAUUAUGAAGAUGGAACAGAAUAGAUGGCACGGAGAUAAGAGGACAUCAUUGGCGCAGUGUCCUUGACAUAAGAGACCAGACUAAUGUUGCUGUUGAAUGUGUGUCACCAGUGGAGAACGGACCUCCAUGUUGGUACGUAAUCAGACCUGAACUCUCUCUCCCUGGUCUCAUUCUGUGAUGAACCCCUACUGGGUUAUUACUAAAGGCCCUACUGGGUUAUUACUAAAGGCCUGUCUAUAGACAGCCCUACUGGGUUAUUACUAAAGGCCCUACUGGGUUAUUACUAAAGGCCCGUCUAUAGACAGCCCUACUGGGUUAUUACUAAAGGCCCUACUGGGUUAUUACUAAAGGCCCGUCUAUAGACAGCCCUACUGGGUUAUUACUAAAGGCCUUACUGGGUUAUUACUAAAGGCCCUACUGGGUUAUUACUAAAGGCCCUACUGGGUUAUUACUAAAGGCCCUACUGGGUUAUUACUAAAGGCCCUACUGGGUUAUUCUGUGGGUUCCAGUCCGAAAUGUAUGCAUUUAUUUGUUGUCAACAGCAUUGUACAGUGUUUUGUGUGGCGUGUAUAUCUGUAUAUAAUAUAUAGUAGUAAUAUGUGUUUCUGUAUAUACUAUAUAGUAGUAAUAUGUGUUUCUGUAUAUACUAUAUAGUAGUAAUAUGUGUUUCUGUAUAUACUAUAUAGUAGUAAUAUGUGUUUCUGUAUAUACUAUAUAGUAGUAAUAUGUGUUUCUGUAUAUACUAUAUAGUAGUAAUAUGUGUUUCUGUAUAUACUAUAUAGUAGUAAUAUGUGUUUCUGUAUAUACUAUAUAGUAGUAAUAUGUGUUUCUGUAUAUACUAUAUAGUAGUAAUAUGUGUUUCUGUAUAUACUAUAUAGUAGUAAUAUGUGUUUCUGUAUAUACUAUAUAGUAGUAAUAUGUGUUUCUGUAUAUACUAUAUAGUAGUAAUAUGUGUUUCUGUAUAUACUAUAUAGUAGUAAUAUGUGUUUCUGUAUAUAAUAUAAUAGUAAUAUGUGUUUCUGUAUAUAAUAGUAGUAAUAUGUGUAUAUCUGUAUAUAAUAUAUAGUAGUAAUAUGUGUUUCUGUAUAUAAUAGUAGUAAUAUGUGUAUAUCUGUAUAUAAUAUAUGGUGGAAGUUAUAUAUCAGAGACCCCUUACUAAAUCUUACUAAAUCUUUAUUUAUUUUUGAUGUCUUAAAAAGAAACAACGCUGAAAUUGAAUAAAUUAUAUUAUUUAAACAA